UGCGUCUGCCAGUCCCGCCACAGAUUCAUUUGGGAUCCUCAAACAGAUGAGCCCGUAGAGACGGGGGAUCAAGGCGGCCUAUUAGAGCCAAUUGCCUGCUUCGGGGACUGCCAGCCCUUCCAGGCCUGGCAGCGGGGGAGGGAGGGGAAAGACGACGGAGCGCCGCUGCGGGAAGACACUGAAGCCAGAGCGACACUCAUCCCCCCUCCUCACAGCGCAGGCUGUCUGAAAGCUGCUCCCCCAUCUGAAUGGAAACUCAGAACCGCCGAGCGGCGCGUCCCUUCUCGCCCAGCGUUGCAAUCCAUGCCGAGGGGCAGGUAGUGCGAGCCCGCGCCAGCGCCCAGCUCCCGGGACAGGGCCGGCAAUGCUGCUGAGCUGAACUUGACCGAGCCCCUUCCUCGCUGCCAGUGGAAGCGAUGCUGCACGGCACAGCCAGCGCUUCCCAGGCUCUCCUUCAAGCUGAAGGUUACCCGCCCGCGCAGCCAGCCCCAGCCCUGUGAGCUCCGCGCCUCGCUUCCCGGCUCCGGCUGCUUGGCGGCACGCAGGGCAACGACCGGGCCGCCCGCGCCGGGGCGCACUGCACCAGCGGCUUCGGCUUGGUGGAUGUGUAUGCAUGAGUUCUGCACCGAAUGGGCGCAAGAAGCGCCCCAGCCGGUCCACCCGCUCCUCGAUCUUCCAGAUCAGCAAGCCCCCGCUGCAGAGCGGGGAGUGGGAGCGCAGGGGCAGCAGCUCCGAGAGCGCCCACAAAACCCAACGAGCCCUGGACGACUGCAAGAUGCUUGUCCAGGAGUUCAAUACUCAAGUGGCCCUGUACCGAGAGAUGGUCAUUUCUAUCGGGGAUGUCUCUGUCAGCUGCCCCUCACUCCGGGCGGAAAUGCACAAGACGAGAACCAAAGGCUGUGAAAUGGCCCGCCAGGCACACCAAAAACUUGCUGCCAUCUCAGGCCCGGAAGAUGGUGAGAUCCAUCCAGAAAUCUGUCGGCUUUAUAUCCAGCUGCAGUGUUGCUUAGAAAUGUACACAACAGAGAUGCUCAAAUCCAUAUGUCUGCUGGGGUCUCUUCAGUUUCAUCGAAAAGGAAAGGAGCCUGGUGGGGGAACCAAGAGUUUGGACUGCAGAAUUGAGGAGAGUACUGACACACCUGCUCUAGAGGACUCCUCGUCAUCCCCUGUAGAUAUUCAGCAACAUUCCUGGCAGGUUUCCACAGACAUUGAGAACACCGAAAGAGACAUGCGAGAAAUGAAAAACCUUUUAAGCAAACUCAGGGAAACUAUGCCUUUACCAUUGAAAAAUCAAGAUGACAGCAGCCUUCUAAAUCUAACUCCCUACCCCCUGGUUAGAAGACGGAAGAGAAGGUUCUUUGGGCUGUGUUGUCUUGUCUCAAGCUAGGCACCUCCUCCUGGAAACCCACCAUGGCGAAGACCUGAAAAUAUCACAGAACCUGAGGACCUCCAGACAGCUGAACCACAAUCAUUGGUUUUUGACCAUGUUUUCUAUGCUUCCUUAUUACUUUUAUUCGCCUCCCUCUACCCUUUUAAAUGAUUUUACGUGUGAAAGCAGCUGCUGUCAAGGCGGGGAAACGAUUCAAAAAGCAGGCUGUUUUUAAAAGGAUUUUUAAAGCUGACAUUGUGCAUGUCUGCUCCAAACCAUACCAUGACAGAUGCAAGAAUUAUGGUUUUUAAAUUAUUUAAAGGUUUUUUUAAAUGUAUUAUACAGAGAAAAAUUAUUUCAUGUAUAAUAGUAUAUCUUAAGCUCUUGCUGAUCUCAUGUUAACAAUUUAUCAUAUGAAAGUCUUUAAACAUAGAAAUCUCUCUAAAACUGCAAAACUGUGUUCAAAAACCCAAUUUAUCAGUAUUAUUAGAAAUAAUAUUAUAAUCAAACAUAUACCACCUCACAUUCUUUGUCUGUGCUCAUUCAUAUUUAGUCUUCCAUUCUGUCGGAAUCCAAGAGCUUCUACAUAAAACAUCUUAAUUUAUAAUGCAACAAAAACCAUAUAUGAAAAGUAUUUAAAUUUUGUAAAUAUACAAUAAUCCUAAUACCUUCGUACAAUGCAUAUGGGCAACUAAUUUUCUUUUGAUCCAAUGGUGUCUUUUUCAGCUUCUUGGAGAAUGAAGUAAUCCAGUUAGAAAAUGGUGUAGUAACAUAUACAAUUACCCUCAAAUGUAAAAUUGAAUAUUAUCACAUUUUGUUCUAAUUGAAAUCUGAAGCAUGAUGUCUGCACAGCAGCAUAGUGUUAAAUCUUAUAGGGCAUGCUGGAAUUAGCUCAGAUCGUAAAAAUAUUUAACAUUUUCUGUUAAUAAAAUCUUUUUAGUUAAGCUAAGCUUGUCUCAUUUUAGAUGACUAUGCAGAUAUGACUUUUCCAAUGUGUACUUGGUGUCUUGUCUUAUGCUUAGAAUCUUGAAAGCAGGACACAUUAAGCAAUACUAUAUUUUAGAAAGGAGGAAGCCACACGCUUUGUUUUUCUGCUCACAGCUUUUUUAUGACCUUCCUCACUAAACUUGUAACAUGGUACAAAUUUUGUUAUAUUUUCCCCUGUUCGUCCUUGGCCUGUUUCCCAAACAGAAUUUCCCCUGGGUUGAGAGAUCAGGCCUUUGGACUUUUUUUUCUUGCUUUCCAAAAUCUAAAUGACCCUGAAGUUGGACAAGAGGCACCAGUGUCUAGUACAAUAAAAGGAUGGGCUAAAUGCCUAUAAGUGAUUUAUCCAAGAUGCAUCUUUAAUCCCAACCCUAUAUUUUCUCAGUACUAAUGUGCACAGGCAUUUAUAGGUCCCUCAAUUUUUUGACCUAACAACAAAAUUAGUUUUAGUGAAGACAGGUAUAUAUGAACUAGUGGACUAAUUAUUGUAUUAGGUUGAACCAUAUGAAAUUGCUGGUAUUUGACUGUUUUGACCUAUAAAAAUGACAAUUUCACAUGGUUUGACCUAAUAUCCAAUGUGAAAAUUAUACUUGGAAUUGUCUUCUACCGUUUGUGAUUGAAAGCAAAUGGAUUAAAGGGUUGGAAGAGAUCUCAAAAGGCUAUGCAGGUCUCUAUUUAGAUCAGACCAGCUGGUUUGGGGCCUUACUCUUGGAAUUCAGAGUAGUGUGCCAAUGACCUGAUAAUGAAUGCAUGGUUGUCAGUAUGCCUGACUCCGUAUAAAAAGGUAUUCUUGAAGGUUAUAUGAGAAAACUACAACCUUCCAAAUCAAAUAUUUGUAAAACAGUGAUUAGAUUAUGCUACUUAAAGACUCUUAGAAUGAAUACCCCCUUGGAAAGCUGGUAACUACUCCUAGAUUUAUCUGGUCUGUAAACCCUGAUUACAUAAAUCAUGUUUGACUAAAACUUAAUAUCUUUUUUGAAUAUGGUUCAUUGGUUAAUUGGUCCAUUAAUUAAUGGACCCUUAAGGUCCAUUGUUUUAGAAGUUAUAAAAUAGCCCAACUGGGCAUGCUCACAGCUCACAUAUCAGCCCUUGCCCACCUUUCCACUAUAUUGAACCCUUAGCUUCAAUCUAGUUCCUACUAAUUCAUGCAAAAUUAUCAACUGAUAAACCCACAAUCGUGUUCAGCACAUUCCUCUAAAUGCUUGACCUAAAUCACUCUGCUUGGUUAAUUUGUGCUCACUCUCGCCUUAGUCUCGGUAUGAAACGAACACUUAACCUUCCGUGCCAUUGUUCUUUGUACAACUGAAGACUGUUAAUAAAUUCAGGUCUCACCUCCAGGUCUGGGAGGACUAUAGUAGCUAUUCAUGGAGAUGGGAAUUUGUCUAAUUCCCUAGGUAGGCUUUCGAUAUCUAAGGUAAAUAAAUUCAGCCACCUUAUCUUUUAUUCAUAGUGCCUGUUUCCCAGACUUUGAUUGGUUUUGUAGUUCCUGUGGACACACUCCAAGAUUUAUAGAUCCUCUUUCACUAGCAGGUCCUAAAAUUAAAUUUAGUGCUCCAAGUCGUGAUGACCUACAGUGGCUCAUAGUGGCAAUAGACAGCUCACCAUUUCCCAUUCGAUAUGCUAAUGAAUCUCUUUAGGAGCUGACCCCACUCUCCUCUCACCUGCCAAAGGACUUUCUCAGGUGUAGUCCAUGAGAUAGAGGUCUACUGUCUCGGCUUCCGGCUAGUAAUUCACUUUCAGAUUAGCAAUAACACUGACCUGAUCUCUAGGGGUAAGGAGAGAACACUGAACCCAUUCUGUUGCAUGGGUACUCACAUGCUGAAAACAGAAAAGGAUGUCAACUUUUUCUGGCAUGUACUCACCCAUUUUACCACCAUAAUUUUAAUAUACUGUAUUGAUUCAUCAUUGUUGUUGUUGGGGUGUGUGUGUGUGUGUGUGUGUGUGUGUUUUCAGAGUACAGAGGCAAUAUUAUUCUUUGUGGGAAAUCUGAAACAUACCAAGUAUAAAGAAAAUAAAAAUCACCUGAAUCCCACCACAAUCAUAUUGUUUAAAACCACAUUUCUAGGCUUUAAAUCAGUCAGUGGCAGGGCCCAAAGCCACUUGUAGACAAGAUAUGUGAACAAACGCCCACAAGGCCAAGGUAUCACUUGAAAAUACCUUGUCCUCUGAUGUUUUGCAUGCUUCUGGAAAAAGAUUGACUGCAAACUUCUGGUUGUGCCACUGUUGAAGGGUACAAAGAAGACUUAGAAGUAGUGCAGCCCAGAUGCCUCCCCUAAUGAAAGCUUUUAGGGAAAUUCUAAAAUCCUGCCAGAUGAUUUUGUUCUGGGUGCUCUUCGAAUGGUUGGACACUUACUGUAUGGCAAUACUGCCACCUACUGAAUGCUGAGCCUUAGAGUAAGACAGGAAAAUAAAUGUGCAGAAUAUAAAACCAUCUCAUUCAUUUUAGACAGCAAACAAUGGGCCAGAUUAACAAUAUUCCACGUGGAAUUCAGAUUCUGGAAGUCUCAAAGUUGAAAGUUUAAGGAUAUCAUCCAGACUAAUUUCCCAUGCAACCUACAUGUACCUAAAAAUUGCCUAUCAUUUAUUUGUGUUCUCAAACAUCACCAAAUGCAAAAUGCUCAGCUUUCAGGUAACUACAGAUAGGAUGAGGAAAAGCAGUGAUGCUCAAGGCCCAUAACAAAUCAUUUUAAUUAACUAUAAAGAUCUGUGAGAAAAGGUUAGAUUACUAAUUUGGGAUGACUGGUUGGCCAUUUGUUGGGUAAAAUACUAGAACUAUACCUCAUAACUUCCAUCAAAAUAAAUUCUAGGUAAAGUAAAGAUUUACAUGUUAAAGCACAUAAACAUAUUGGCAAUAUUGAUAAAUAUUUCUGUAAUUUUACUAUGGAAAAAAGCCUUUCUAAGCAUGACACCAAAGGAAGAAACCAAAAAGAAAAAAAUAGAUGAAUCUGACCAAC